AUCUUCUGUAAUCUGAUAAACCCUAAAAACCAUUCAAGCAGAGACCAUGCGACCUCCGAGAGGCGGUGGUAGCUUUAGGGGUGGAAGAGACGGCGGACGUGCUGGUGGGAGAGGUUUCCGCGGAGGAGAUCUAGGGACUUGGGCAACAUGGUCUACAAUAGUAGGCUUUAAUGUGGGCCAGUCACAACCUGCUGCAAGAGGUGGCCGUGGGGGAGGUAGAGGUGGUGGAAGAGGUAGUGGCCAUGGAGGUGGAGCUUUUCGUGGAAGAGGUGCUCCAAGAGGUGGCAGAGCUGGAGCUAGAGGCGGGAGCCGUGGUGGUGGCUUCAGAGGAAGAGGGAGAGCUUAGAACAACAUUUUGUAACAUUACAAUUGCCCAUAUUCUGUGUUUUAACUUAUGGGCAUAUAACCAUGAAAAUCUGAUUGCUGAACUUAAUUUGAUUUUGUCUGCCAAUGGAUUCACUUUUUGUUGCCUAUUCAUGUUUUUCUUGAGUUUAAUUUGUGGCUUUGAUAGCUAUUUUUAGAAAGAAUUACAUGUUCGUGUUUUCCUUGAGUUUAAAUGUACAUUUGAUGGCUGUCUAUUCAAAAAGAUGAUCCAUUGGAACAGUGCUUGGUCUAUACAUCAGAUGCAGAGGAUGUUAAUCAUAGUUUAGAAAAUGUGCUUAUAAACAGUCUUUUUUUUU